GCUGGCCAAGACUCCACAGGAUGCAGUGGGUGAAGGUGCUUGGGGGGUUGGUGGGGGCCUCUGCCCUCUUGGGCCUGGGGAUCAUCCUGGGCCACUUCGCCAUUCCCAAAGGGGCCGACACACCAGCUCCCAGCGUCUCGGUCUCCCAGGACCUGGAUCUGGAGAUCCUUGAGACCGUCAUGAAGCAGCUGGAUGCCAGCAAGAUCCGAGAGAACCUUAGAGAACUCUCCAGGGAGCCUCACCUGGCCUCCAGCCCCCGGGAUGAGGCGCUGGCACAGCUCCUGCUGCAGCGCUGGCGGGACCCGGAGUCAGGCCUGGACGCGGCGGAGGCCCCCACCUACGAAGUGUUGCUGUCCUUCCCCAGCCAGGAGCGGCCCAACCGGGUGGCUGUCGUGGGUCCCACUGGGACCAUCCUCUUCUCCUGCCGCCAGAGUGAACAGAACCUGACUGGGGAGCAGGGGGGCCCCGAUGUGGUGCCACCUUAUGCAGCCUACGCUCCCCCUGGAACCCCGCAGGGCCUCCUCGUCUACGCCAACCGGGGAACGGAAGAAGACUUUAUGGAGCUACAGACUCAGGGCAUCAGACUGGAAGGCACCAUCGCGCUGACCCGCUAUGGGGGUACAGGGCGUGGGGCCAAGGCUGUCCAUGCGGCCAAGCACGGGGUAGCUGGGGUGCUGGUGUACACGGACCCCGCAGACAUCAACGAUGGGCACAGCUCCGCCAGCCAGACCUUUCCGAACUCUUGGCGCCUGCCUCCCUCAGGGGUGGAGCGAGGCUCCUACUAUGAGUAUUUUGGGGAUCCUCUGACUCCCUACCUUCCGGCCAAUCCUUCUUCCUUCCGCCUGAACCCUGAUACUGUCCCUGGAUUUCCUCCCAUUCCCACUCAGCCCAUUGGCUUUGAGGAUGCAAAAAUCCUUCUCUGUAACCUCCAGGGAACCUUGGCCCCAGCUGCCUGGCAGGGAGCACUGGGCUGUGACUACAAGUUGGGGCCUGGCUUCCGACCUGAUGGAGACUUCCCAGCAGACAGCCAGGUGAACGUGAGCGUCCACAACCGCCUGGAGCUGCGGAACUCCUCCAACGUCCUGGGGAUCAUCCGCGGGGCGGUGGAGCCCGACCGCUACGUGCUGUACGGAAACCACCGGGACAGCUGGGUACACGGGGCCGUGGACCCCAGCAGUGGCACUGCCGUCCUCCUGGAGCUCUCCCGAGUCCUGGGGACCCUGCUAAAGAAGGGAACCUGGCGGCCCCGCAGAUCAAUAGUGUUUGCGAGCUGGGGGGCAGAGGAGUUUGGCCUCAUUGGCUCCACAGAAUUCACCGAGGAAUUCUUCAGCAAACUGCAAGAGCGCACCGUGGCCUACAUCAACGUGGACAUCUCGGUGUUUGCCAAUGCCACCUUGAGGGCUCAGGGAACACCCCCGGUCCAGAGCGUCAUCUUCUCCGCGGCCAAACAGAUCCCCGCACCGGGCCUCGACGGCCUCAGCAUCUACGACAACUGGAUCCGGUAUUUCAACCGUAGCAGCACAGCAUACGGCCUGGUUCCCAGCCUGGGCUCUCUGGGUGCCGGCAGCGACUACGCACCCUUCAUUCACUUCCUGGGCAUCUCCUCCAUGGACAUCGCCUACACCUAUGACCGGAGCAAGACCUCGGCCAGGAUCUACCCCACCUACCACACAGCCUUCGACACCUUUGGUUACGUGGACAAAUUUGUGGACCCUGGCUUCAGCAGCCAUCAGGCUGUGGCCCGGACAGCGGGGAGCGUGCUGCUUAGGCUCAGUGACAGCCUCUUUCUGCCUCUUAACGUCAGUGACUAUGGAGAGACCCUCCGCAAUUUUCUGCAGGCUGCCCAGCGCGACCUUGGGGUCCUGUUGGAGCAGCACAGCAUCAGCCUGGGGCCUCUGGUGACUGCAGUGGAGAAGUUUGAGGGGGCAGCCGCAGCCUUGGGCCAACACGUAUCAGCGCUGAAGAAAGACACCCCUGAGGUGACAAGGUCCUGCCACUUCCAGCCCCCUGCAGGUCCGGAUGCUCAACGACCAGCUGAUGCUGCUGGAACGGACCUUCCUAAACCCGCGAGCCUUCCCAGAGGAACGAUACUACAGCCAUGUGCUCUGGGCACCCCGCACGGGCUCCGUAGCCACAUUCCCAGGCCUGGCCAACGCCUGCUCCAGGGCCAUGAACACGAGCCUAGGAUCUGCAGCCUGGGCGGAAGUGCAGAGGCAGCUCAGCAUCUUGGUGGUGGCCCUGGAGGGCGCGGCAGCCACCCUGCGGCCUGUGGCUGACCUCUGACCCCAGCCCUCAUUCUCCAGCUCCCACCAUCCUUUAUCCUAACCUUCUCCCACCCGAGUUCUUUUUGGGUGUGCCCCAGUCGUCCUUGAUGCCAACCUAAGGCACCAUCACUGGACCCUCUAGAGCUUGAGACAACAGCUCAGGGUCCUGCCAGUUGUGGACACCCGAAGGGAGUGACAAACCUUCCUCAUCCUGGAUCUUGGUCGGCAGAGGGUGAAGAUCCGGAGACGGGGAUGGUGGGGAGUGUCAAAACCACCAGCUGCU